CGCAGAAUGGUAGUAGUUGAUCGCUGAAUGUCAACGGGUACACUACUGCCUCGUUUCUUCGUGAGAUAAAUUUGUUUCGUUGAUUAGUUGCGCGAUAACAGAACAUUUGAUUAUAUAAGUUUGUUUCACGAACAUCGCAGAUUCUAUUUGUAUGUGUCUCGUCAGCUUCAUAUUAGCGAAUAUAUUUUUAUCAAACGUUACACGGCGUUAUUAUAAAAUUGACUAAUAAAAUUUUAUCAUCAUGGUGUAUGUGAUUAUCUUGUCGGUAAUAGCCGGCGCCUUGGGUCUCUAUUAUUAUCUCUACAAGGACCUGAAUGUGUUUAAGAAACACAAUAUACCACAUCUGAAGCCAUUGCCGUUGGUAGGCAACAUGGGACCGUCGAUACUGCGUAAGCAGUCCAUAACCGAAUUACUAAAGAAGAUAUAUGACAUGUAUCCUGAGGCUAAGUAUGUCGGUGUGUAUGAACUGACUAACCCAAUAAUAAUGCUGCGCGACAUCGAGCUCAUCAAGUCCAUCGGGUUGAAGCAUUUCGACAAUUUCAUGGAUCAUCGUAGUCUCGUCACGAAAGAUCAAGAUCCAUUGUUCUCCAGGAGUCUCGCUUCUCUUUGUGGCGAUAAGUGGCGAGAGAUGCGGGCCGUGUUAAGCCCGUCUUUCACGUCCAGUAAGAUGAAGGUCAUGUUCAAAUUGGUGUCGGACUGUGCCGUUAAUUUUGCCAAUUUCGUGGCGCAACUGCCGCCUGAAGAGAAAAUAAUACAAACGAAAGAGUUCAUUAUGCGGUACACUAGUGAUGUGAUCGCCACCUGCGCCUUCGGCGUUAGCGUCGAUUCUAUGCGAGAUCCCAAGAAUCUUUUUUAUGUAUACAGCAAAGAGGCUGCUGUUUUCGACGGUAUGGCCUUCUUGAAGUUUUAUAUAUUUCAAAAACUGCCGUGGCUGGCUCGGAUGCUCAAACUUAGAUUCGUAAAACAGAAGAUUGCGGAAUUCUUCCACAAUCUUGUGGAGACCACUAUCAAGACCAGAGACGAAAAGGGUAUCGUGCGGCCGGACAUGUUGCAGUUGAUGAUAGAAAGUAGAAAUAAAAUGGACGGGAGGAAUUAUCUAACGAUUGAAGACAUGACCAGCCAGGCUUUCAGCUUCUUCCUCGGUGGCUAUGAAACUACCUCGACGUUAGUGUGUUUCGCCAUGCACGAAAUCGCAAUAAAUGAAGAUAUACAGAGGAGACUGCAAAACGAGAUUGAUCAGGUCCUCGAAGAUACGAAUGGCCAAGUAACCUAUGAAGCGAUCAACAAUAUGGAAUACUUGGAUUCUGUGUUGAGCGAGACUCUUAGAAUGUACCCGGCUGGUAUCGCGACGGACAGAGUAUGCGUAAAGGAUUUCGAGUUACCACCGACGUUACCAGGCGUGAAACCAUACACCAUAAAAAAAGGACAGUGUAUCUCGAUACCGAUUCACGGACUCCACUAUGAUCCCAAAUAUUUCAAUCAGCCGGAAAAGUUCGAUCCUGAACGAUUUCUCGGUGAGCAGAAGAAACACAUUCUCAACACAGGAGCUUAUUUGCCUUUCGGUUUGGGUCCCAGGAUGUGCAUAGCUAGUCGGUUCGCCCUGAUGGAGAUGAAGGUGUUACUUCUACAUCUGCUAGCACGCUGCGACUUACUGCCGUGCGAGAAGACACCGAUACCACUCAAAUUAGACAAGGCUGGUUUUAUUUUGAAGCCUGAAGGUGGUUUUUGGCUGAAAGCCGUACCGAGGAAGGACCCGCAUCGCACCGUUGCAGUUGACAACGUAAAUGGCGCACAUGAUUUAUAGGAGAGUUUUUUGUUGAUUUAGUAAAUAUUGAAGAUUUAUAUGUUGUAUGGAUAUGAAAAGCAUUGAUAAAAAAUAAUAAUUAGAUAAAAAUAUUGUGUAUUAUACAUAUAACAAUAAUAAUUAGUAAAUAGAAAAAUAGUCCUUAAUCUAGUUCGUCAUCCAGUAGAAGCUAUGAGUUUAUACUUCAAUUUAAUAUUAUGAUAUCAUAAAUUAAAUAAUGAUCAUAAAUUAAAUUAGCUUAGCUUAAAUUAGUUAGUUUUCAUAUUACGAAAUAUGAAUAAUUAUAAAUAGUUAUAAGUUAUAAGUUAUAGUUAGCCCAAAAAUAGGCGUCAGAUUAAAGACAUAGAUUAGAGAUAGAUUAAGGAGAUAGGAUAUAAAACGAUUUUUUUCAUAGAUUUAGUAACUGAUAUUUAUAGUUGUUUAAACUAGUAUUAUCUUGGAAGAUAACAUAAAAAAUUUACCACCAUACAAAAAUAGUAAUACAAUAAUAAUACAGUAAUAUUUUUUUAAUAACCGUAUAGAAACAGAAGAUACACAUUAAAGGCAUAUACAAAAUUAUUUUUGUAGAAAUAAAUUUGCAAUAUCUACAUAUCACAAAAUUAUUAAAUGUCAAAGAGAGGAAGAAAGAAAGAGUGGCAAAAAGAGAAACAUACACACACAUACACACACGCAGAGAAAGAG